GGGCAGGAGUUUUUACUUCCGGUGAGAAGAAGAAGAUGGCUAACGUUAGCUAGCUGCUGGCUCAGAAAAUGUCGCGCUCUUGGUAUUUUCUCGUGUUUUUCUCCUCAAAGUGAGACUGAAGGUGAACGGAGACGCCCCCUGGCGGCCGUCAGGAGCCGCUGUGUGUAGUUGUGUUGAUUCAUUGCGGAGUUUGCAGGCGGUCGUUGUGUGUCCGUGUAGCGGGAGCAGGUCGCGUCUCCUCCGGUCAGCUGUCCGUCACGUCCCCGCCAGGUGAGUCCGUCUCGCGGCUCCGCUGCAGAUUCAGCGGUUGUCUCCACGUGAACUUUACUGUGGAGGAGCUCAGAGGAAGUGACCGACACGAAGACCCCGGAGACAAAGUGUGUGACAACACGUCACAGCUCGGUGUGUCCAUCCGGAUCCACUUUGAUCCACAUCUGUCUGUGUUUGAUGCUGAGGACAAACCUCUGGGUGAAGACAUGGCCUCACUGCUGGAGACAAACUGACCGAAGGUGGCAAAACAAGCACAAAGACAGACAAGACUGAGAGAGACACAACUUCUGAGAGUUUAUGAAGAAGAUCAGAAAGACGUGUUGAGUUCCACUGACCCUGAAUCAGCUGGUGCUGGUCUGUCUCUGCAGCAGCGAUGGCAGCUCCCGUCAACCUGCAGACUCCCAGUAAGACGUGGGAGCUGAGUCUGUACGAGCUGCACCGGAGUCCGCAGGAGGCGAUCAUGGACGGGACAGAGGUGGCGGUGUCUCCUCGCUCUCUGCACAGCGAGCUCAUGUGUCCCAUCUGUCUGGACAUGCUGAAGAACACCAUGACCACCAAAGAGUGUCUGCACCGCUUCUGCUCCGACUGCAUCGUCACGGCGCUGCGAUCAGGGAACAAAGAGUGUCCGACCUGCAGGAAGAAGCUGGUUUCCAGACGUUCGCUGCGUCGAGACUCAAAUUUUGAUGCACUGAUCUCGAAGAUCUACCCGAGCCGCGAAGAGUACGAGGCCCACCAGCGACGAGUCCUGGACCGACUCAACCGGCUGCACAACAAGGAGGCGCUGAGCUCCAGCAUCGAGGAGGGGCUCCGCCAGCAAGCACGCUACAGAAACCACCGGGUGAAGAAGCCGACUCAGGAAAGUGACAACACCACCUUCAGCGGGGGGGAGGACAACGGUGACACCCGCUCUCACCUGUCCCACGACUCCGCCCCCUCACACCCCCCCCACCACUGCGGUCAGACGCCCUCAGAGGCGGGGCCAAGCCGCAAGAGGCCGCGGGUGUCGGACGGCACUGGAGCCGAGGCGGACAGCGGGAGCCCCACGCCUCCUGUGAGACGCCUUAAAGAGGGGGGGGCCUCGGAGAUCGAGCUGGUAUUCAGACCCCACCCACAGCUGGUCCACGCCCAAGACUACAACCAGACCAGAUUCGUGAAGACGACAGCGAACGCCACAGUGGACCACCUGUCCAAAUACCUGGCUCUGCGCAUCGCUCUGGAGGACAGACGGACCAACAGGGAGGUGGAGGAGGGAGGGAGGGAGGAGGGAGGUGGGGGAGAGGAGAGAGCAGCAGAGGGAGGAGGAGGAGAAGGUGGAGGAGCAGCGGGCGGCGGUGGCAGCAAAGGGUCGAGUCUGGGCAGCAUCAGUGAGAAACAGUACACCAUCUACAUCAUGACCAGAGGAGGACAGUUGUCUACGCUGAACGGAUCUCUGACUCUGGAGUUGGUCAACGAGAAGUUCUGGAAGGUCAGGAAGCCGCUGGAGCUUUACUACGCCCCCACCAAGGAGCAGCAGCCGGCGCCCCCCGCCCAGCAGAAGACUCCACCUCCUCAGAGAGAGGGCUGAGGAGCUGAGGAGCUGAGGAGCUGAGGAGCUGCUUCUCACCUUUCCUCCACACACCUCUUCUGUUUGAAGAUGGAGGUCAGCCGCUGACAUUCUCGUAUCGUUGGCGCCUGUUCUUUUUUCCUCCUAAACUCUUAUUUGAUUUAAUCUGUAAAACUAAAUCUCAAGAUUGAAAGAAAAUCGAACCACUCGGUCGUUGGAUGUGGAAUUCCUGUUUUUAUCUUAUUACUUAAAAAUAAUUAACAAAUGUAAAGGUAUUUUUUCGUACGGUGCCAAACAAGUUUCAGUUUUGACUUCAACUUCUUAGUACUAUUUAUUUGUCUUAACACAGAUGUCACACAACAACUUAUUUCCUGUCAGGAUUAGACUUAAAAAACUAUCUUGCUGAUGUAAAAGAAAACAUGAACGUGAGAAGGUGUUUCUGAAGAUCGAGCUCAAGAGACUUUCAGAGAACAAGAGCUGGUUAUAAACAUUGUUAUAAUGUUAUGUGCAGUUGAAUCUCUAAAAGAAAUGACUGAAGCUCUUUGUUGUUCAUGUUAGUUUAGUUUGAUCAGCUUUUAACAGUUUGAACCAAAGUUUGAUUUAACUCGACUCUGGAACGUUGUUUUAUCCACAGACUGUAAAUUAGAUCCUCGCUUCACAAAUCACAGCUGAUGGGAAAAUCAUUGAAAAACCUUUUAUUUUAAAGAAAGAGAUGAAAUAUUCGUGGAUCUGCACCAAAGUUUAACGAGUUAUCUUCUGACACAUUAAACCUCCUUCCACUGCUCACAGCUUCUGUGUAGUCAACAGACAGAACCUCCUUGGUAGAAGUAAUCAAGAUGAACAACUCUCAAUAUCCUGAAGUGAAGCCUACAGAUCUCAAAUAUGAGUCUGUGAUCCAGGUCCCGCCCAUACACUCUGGACCAAUCAUGAGUCAGUCUCAGCUGUCAAUCAUGGUGUCUCAUUAAAUAACUGAUUCAAACCAAACUGAUCAGAAACACGAACAAACAUCAGUGAGAUGAGAACGACCUGAAAUAACAAACAUUUAUUUAACGUCUACUUGGAUGUUUUACUUUGCUCUUGAUGAAACUGAUGCAGAUGCUUUGGCUUCGCUUUCCGGAGCCGUCAUGUCGGCCAUCUUUAUUUACAGUCUGUGGCUCUCGCGAUGUUUCUUCAAUCAACACACUCGUAGCUGCGACAGCUCGUAACCAGCUGUGUGGUUCAGGUUGUCAUGACGAUGUUUGGUUUAAUGAGCUCGUUUCGUAGCUCAGGUUCAGAUCAUCGCUCUCUGAUCGGACUGUUGAUCAGAGAGCGAUGAUUUUUAUUUAAAGAUCAGUCCUCAGGUAUUUAUCAACAGGAAAUGAAUCUAUGAUCUUUUUAAGAGUAUGAGACACACAACAAAAAAUAAUAUUACGAGAAGAAAGUCGUAAUAUUUCUGAAAUGACUCAUUACGUCUUCUCAUAUUGCGGCUUUCAAUUUUAUUUUCUUAAAUAUGGCCCCAACCCUCUAAUAGGUGAUGUAAUAUUUCAUGUUGUUGGCUGGAGCCCGUCCUUUAGAAAAACCUCUGCCUUUAACUCUGCUGCCGUUUUAUUGAACUCUGAUAUUAAGAUGUAGCUGUGACACUUCACCUGCUGCUGUUUCCUUUUUAAAACGUGUCUGUUAAAAAGCCAUAAACCUUUUUAAGGUUCAUUAACCCGACGCCUCCUCUGUCUUUACGCACUUUAUACUUCCUGCAGUCAUUUUCCCACCGUACCUGUUUUUAUGGAAUAUUUGUAUAUUAAGUGAUCUUUUUCUCGUUAACGCUGUUUUGAUCACUAAAUUCUGUCAGCAAAACAAUAAACUGAUUUAAUGAUCA